AGCGGGACCUGUCCGGGAGGGGAGGGGGGAGUGGGCGCGCCGGGCCGUGCCGGAGCGCAGGGCAAUGCUGGAGCUGCGGCGCGGGGCGGGUGCGGGAGCCGAUACCGCCGAUACCGCCGAUACCGCCGAUACCGCCGGCGCGGAGCGGGGCCGUCCCGCGUGGGUGCGCUCUAUGGGCCGCGCGGUGGGGGUUCGCGGCUCGCACGGAGCGCUGUGCGGGGGGGGCACGACCGGGAGCGCGGAGUGAGAUUCGAGGUGCGGUUCGGCUGCCGGCGGGGAAUGAAUGGGGCCGCGGGGGUUGCGUGCGGGGCACGACGUGUCCGUACUGCCUCAGAGCUCCGGAUGUCAGCGCACGUCUGCGCGGGGCGGGCCAUGGGACGCUGCGGCGCGAGGGCAUGGCAGGAGCUGCUGAUGCUGCUGGGCGGGUUGUGGAUGUGGGGCAGCAGCGCGCAGCCCACCUCCCCCAGCCCCACGAGCAGCUCCGUGCCGCCGCUGAAGUUCCGUCUGGCUGGGUAUCCCCGCAAGCACAACGAGGGCCGGAUUGAGGUGUUCUACAAUGAGGAGUGGGGCACCAUCUGCGACGAUGACUUCACGCUGGCCAACGCGCAGGUGCUGUGUCGGCAGCUCGGCUUCGUGGGGGCCACCGGCUGGGCCCACAGCGCCAAGUAUGGCAAAGGAGUUGGGCGGAUCUGGUUGGACAAUGUGAACUGUGCGGGGAAUGAGAAGAGCGUCAGGGACUGCAAACACCGCGGCUGGGGGAACAGCGACUGCAGCCACGAGGAGGAUGCGGGUGUCAUCUGCAAGGAUGAGCGCAUCCCAGGCUUCAAAGACUCCAAUGUCAUCGAGACGGAGCAGAGCCACGUGGAGGAGGUCCGUCUGCGUGCAGUGGUGUCAGGGGCCCAGCGGCGGCUGCCAGUGACAGAGGGCAUCGUGGAGGUGCGCUACAAGGAUGGCUGGGCACAGAUCUGUGAUGAGGGCUGGGACAGCAAGAACAGCCACGUCAUCUGCGGCAUGAUGGGUUUCCCCACUGAGAAGAAGGUGAACAGGAACUUCUACAAGCAGCUGAAGCGUGCAGCCAGGAUGAGGGGCCGGAACACGAGGCCAGGCAGGAGGCUGGCCUCCAAAUCUCAGCCUAAACAAAAGCGCAGGGAGGACUUAGGGUCCAGGAAGAGGCUGUUUGCAGAGCGGCAGCAGUUCAACUACCGCCUGCACUCGGUGUCCUGUACAGGGACGGAGGUGCACAUCUCCAUGUGCACGUUCCAGUUCUACCGGGGCAACUCCUCAGCAGCCUGCAGCACUGGCAUGCCUGCUGUUGUCAGCUGCCUGCCCGGGCCCCUCUUUGCCACCGGCAGCGCCCAGAAGAAAAAGCAGCGCCAGCAGCAGCAGAGCCAGCCACGGAUCCGGCUGAAAGGCGGCGCCAAGGCUGGGGAGGGCCGUGUCGAGGUGCUGAAGAACAACGAGUGGGGCACAAUCUGCGAUGACCGCUGGAAUCUGCUGUCUGCCAGCGUGGUGUGCCGCGAGCUGGGCUUCGGCAGCGCCAAGGAGGCCCUCACCGGGGCACGCAUGGGCCAAGGGACAGGGCCCAUCCACCUCAAUGAGGUGCAGUGCCUGGGCACUGAGAAGUCCCUCUGGAGCUGCCCCUUCAAGAACAUCACACAGGAGGACUGCAAGCACACGGAGGACGCGGCUGUGCGCUGCAACAUCCCCUACAUGGGCUACGAGAACCUGAUUCGGCUGAGCGGGGGCCGGAGCCGCUUCGAGGGGCGCGUGGAGGUGGCGGUGGGGGCUGCAGAAGGGGACGAGCCGCGCUGGGGCCUGGUGUGCGGCGAAGGCUGGGGUACGCUGGAGGCGAUGGUCGCCUGUCGCCAGCUGGGGCUGGGAUUCGCUAACCACGGCUUGCAAGAAACGUGGUACUGGGAUGCCAGCAACGUGACGGAGAUGGUGCUGAGUGGGGUGAAGUGCGCUGGCCACGAGCUGUCCCUGAACCACUGCCAGCACCACGGCAGCAGCCUGAACUGCAGGAACACGGGAACACGCUUCGCCGCGGGCGUCAUCUGCUCUGAAACCGCCUCCGACCUGCUGCUGCACGCCCCGCUGGUGCAGGAGACGGCGUACAUCGAGGACCGCCCGCUGCACAUGCUGUACUGCGCCGCCGAGGAGAACUGCCUGUCCAGCUCAGCCCGCCAUGCCAACUGGCCCUACGGGCACCGCCGUCUGCUCCGCUUCUCCUCCCAGAUCCACAACAACGGCCGCGCUGACUUUCGCCCCAAGGCUGGGCGGCACUCCUGGGUCUGGCACGAGUGUCACCGGCACUAUCACAGCAUGGACAUCUUCACUCACUACGACAUCCUGACUCCCAACGGCACCAAGGUGGCUGAGGGUCACAAAGCCAGCUUCUGCCUUGAGGAUACCGAGUGCGAGGAAGAUGUGGCCAAGCGGUACGAGUGUGCCAACUUUGGGGAACAGGGCAUCACGGUGGGCUGCUGGGACCUGUACCGGCAUGACAUUGACUGCCAGUGGAUUGACAUCACUGACGUCAAGCCAGGCAACUACAUCCUGCAGGUCGUGAUCAACCCUAACUUUGAGGUGGCAGAGAGCGACUUCACCAAUAACGCCAUGAAAUGCAACUGCAAAUACGACGGGCACCGCAUCUGGGUGCACAGCUGUCACAUCGGUGAUGCGCUCAGCGAGGAGGCCAGCAAGCGGUUCGAGCAGUACCCAGGGCAGCUGAACAACCAGAUCUCAUAGGGCCCUGGCCCAGGGAGACACCAUCUCCCUCUUUCACCCUGCGUGCAGGAGGAAGCUGCUGUGGGGCUGGCGGGGGCUCACACAGCCCCAUCACAGCCUGCACUGCGCGAGGGACUGCCCAGGACUCACUGCUGGGGCUGGGGGCCCUGAGCACCACACCUCCAGCCCUUGACCACUGGCCAGACGCUGCACCCCGGCUCAGGCUGCAGCACAAGGGUACGAUCCGGGGAGGCCCCACCACCCCAGCUGUGCCUCUCCUGCUCCCCAGCCCCAGUUCCUCUCACCUUGCUCCACCUUCCCUGGGGCUCUGCCCUCCUCCAGCAGCAGGACCCCACCCGGGGGCCCCCAUCCCUGCUCAGGGCCAGCCGCCCUCGCACCCCAGCAGCCCCAUCUCCAGACAGUGUGGCUGCCCUGCACAGCAGUGCUGCCAUUGGCUGCCCGGCAGCAGUUCCCACAUCCAUGUCUUAGUUGUAAUUUUAUUUUCUUGAUAAAGAUGUCAGUUCUAUAGCCUGCUGACUCCUCUCCAGGGUGGGAGGAAGAGCAAGGGAGCAUGGCCCAGGGGGGCCGCUUUGCAUGGGGUAGAGCAGCUGCCCCUCUGCAGGGCAGAAGAAGGGGCUGCAGAAGCCCAGAGAUGCCCCAGAGCAGCUCUUUGGGCUGUGGGAGGCCCGCAGCAGUGGGAGCAGAUGGGGCCACCCUGGCUCAACCCCAACACAGUGAAGCACAGAAUGCCCUGCGCCAGAUGCAACACAGAUGUUAUGCGGCAGGAAUCCCAAGCAUUGCGAGCUCCCAGCAGCCCCACAGGGACUGCAGCUCCGGGCUGCCUCUGCAGGGAGCAACCUCAGAGGGGCUGGUGUGGGGGGAGCAAAGCCCCACUGAGCCAGCAAGACUGGACAGAUGUGGUGUACAAGAUUCAGGUACGGGGGAGCCACCUCAGUUCCCGCAGCCCUCAUCCCUCAGCCAGAACCUCUGGCCCCGUCUGCAGAGAGCAGCACGGAGGAGCAGCUCGGGCUGCCUGCACACAGCAGGGAAGGCCCUGGCUGCGGCCCUGGAAAGCGCUGCGGUCAGCGCUGCCGGAGCAGCUAUGUGAGAAACGUCCCAGCUAUUUCCCCUGCGCGCUGCUGCCCCUCCCGCGGCUGGGCUUUGCCGGGGAACAAAUUCCAGUGGCGAGGCCAGGGCCAGCCUGAAAGGAGCCCUGUUCUGUUCUCUGGCCGGCAGAAGGGGAAUGCCGGGAGUGGCGCUCAGGGCUGUCCUCCGCCACAGCCCCCCACGGAAGUGAGCUUCUUUCAUCUUCUAAAAACACCAAGGGUGGGCAAAAGCCCCUCGAUGGGCACAGCCCGGCCGCUGCUCGCAUUCCUGCCGCUGGAGUUGGGUCACUGCACAGCCCCGGGCAGCACCGCUCCCUGCUCCUCACCUCCCAUGGCCACUGGCAGAGCGCUGGGGCUGGAGCGGAGUGGGGCUCUUCCAGGAAAGCGAGGACAGCCUGAGCUGCUUCUUCUGCUCCCUUUCAGCACAGCUCUUGGCUGCCAGCUGCAGAGGACAGGGAGGGAGCAAGCAAGGAAGGCAGCAGGGAAGGGCCUGUCGGGUCCCCAGGGAUGCCUUUGUGCGUGGGAGCGGGAGCGCAGUGCUCUGGUGCUGACAGACAAGCUGGAGGAGGGAUGGGGGAGGGAGGGAGAGACAGACGGCGCCAGUGCAGCAUGCACAGCCCUCACAAGUCCUCCUGCACCUCCGGCUGGCCAUACGCUGCCCCUGCCAGAUCCACGGUUGGCUCAGCCAUCACACUGAAGAUCCUCCCCGUGUGACCAGGGAGCUGCGCUCAGAGUGCAGACACGGGCACUGACACUGGAGUCCUUGCUCCACGUGGAAGUGAUUUGACCCAGAGGACAUCAGCCAACUCCUAGAAGCCUUCUGGGAGCAGCCACGGCAGUGAACUCUGGCUAGGAGCAGCUCAGCCUGCACAGGGAGGCAGUGAUGGCUCUCCCCAUGAAGCCCUGCCCCUCUGCAGCUCCAGGGCUGCGAUCACCUGCAGAGAAAGUGCCCCACACAUUAUGGAUGGAGAAAUCAGGCCACAGCCCAUGUGCAGAUUCUGAGGAGGUGACA